GGGAAAAGAAGCCCACACUCACCAUGAGGAAGUGGGUGAAUCAUCCCAUGGCAGUGAACGGUCCGUUCACGUCUCCUUGGAGGUAUCAUCGCUGACUUUAUGGUAGUGUCUCAUGUGUCAUUUGCUUCGACACAUACCCCGCCAGCAAAGCUUUCAGGACUCCUUGCGGACACUACUACGACUUCGAAUGCAUGAAGGAGUUAUUCAUCAAGGCAACCGAUGACGAAACCCUCAUGCCUCCUAAAUGUUGUCAGAAAUACAUCCCACUAUCGGUCGGCGACCGCAUCCUGUCAACCAAAGAACGUGCCCGCUUCGAAGCUCGCAGGUUAGAAUUUGCGACGGUCGAUAAGUUGUACUGUACUCACCCUACUUGCUCAACAUUCGUCCCUCCGCAGAUGAUCCAAGGGGAUGUUGCAGCGUGUCCGGCUUGCAACACCAAGAUUUGUACUCGGUGCAAGGGCACUGCGCACACGAACUCUGAUUGCCCUCAGGAUCCGUCGACGCAGCUCACACUUGAUUUGGCGCAGAGCGAAGGUUGGCGUCAAUGUACGUCUUGUCAUACGAUGGUCCAGCUCGGCGAAGGCUGCUUUCACAUCACGUGUCGCUGUCGUGCUGAGUGGUGCUACCUCUGUGGAGAAAAAUGGAAAAGGUGUACCUGCCCUCAAUGGGACGAGCGCUAUCUCUAUCGUCGGGCAGCGCUGCAAGUUGAUCGUCAAGCACCUGUGCUUCCCGCUUUGGUUCGUGAGAGGCGCGUCCAGACAGUUGCGGCGGCGUUGCGUGAGGACCAUGAAUGUGCUCAUGAUAGUUGGAGGUUGCGUCAGGGAGGUGGUGCGUGUGAUCACUGCGGGGAUCACCUUCCUCGUUAUCUCCUCAGGUGUGAGGGCUGUCAAAUCCUCGCUUGCGUCCCUUGUCAAAGGAACAGAUUGUAAGAUCAAGGUCAUUAUUGUACCACUCUCUAUACCCUAGAAUGAUCCUUAUAAGACCCCCGUAUUCCGCUU